CUGACAUGACCGACACAACUUGAGAGUUGAGUUUUGAUAGAACAAGUGGCAAGUGCAGAAGCUCGCAAUGAAGUCGUAUAAAAAAUAAAAAUAUUCAAUAUGGCUACAGAUCAUACGACGUGAGCUGUCAGCUGUAGUAAUUAUUGUUUCUUUGUGUUAAUUACGCGUUAAAAAUGUUAUGAUUAUUACGAGUUAUCGAAUAUGGGUGCGAAAGAUUCAAAACCUAGUUUUAUAUCUUACGAAGAUGCGACGAAGAGAGUAAGCGAGAGUGAAUUACGACGUAUUCGUGAAGCGUUUAAGAGAUGUGCCGGUGCAAGUGGGACGGCCUUGAGCCUGGAAGCGUUCGUCCAUGAAGUGCUAUGUGACGGAGUACCUUACGAAGUGGCGGAAUGGUUGUACCAGGCUUGUGGUGGUACAAAGCGAGGGAUCAUAUUCAGAGACCUUCUGUGCGGUAUCGUCGUGUUAACGAAAGGAAAUCUCGAGGAGAAAAUCAAAUUCUUAUGGACCCUCUAUGUAAAUAAUCAAAGUGAGAAUGGCACAUACAUAUACAAGCGCGACUUUGCUCGUGCAUUACAACUAGAGAAUACAUCCCUGCCGGUGUCCGGAUCCCAUCGGUCUGCAGAUAUCCUCACCAGCUUAUUUGGACUGGGUGAACGAGUGACAUUCGAGCAGUUUCGAUCUUGGUUGCUUAUACAUAAAGAUGCUACUGUACUAUCGAAAUGGCUGCUCUCAGAUCGUGGUAGCAUUUCACAUGAUUUGGAAACACCAACAUUUUAUCAAAGUCUGGCUGGUGUUACACAUUUAGAAGAGAGGGACAUAAUAGAGCUAGAGAAAUGCUUCUGGUCACUGCGCAGCAAUGCUUCGAGCGGGCAAUUGGACGGGGCGGGGCUACGUGCCCUACUCGCCCCGCCCCUGCCCGCCGCCGCACUGCCCGGCGUGCUGCGCGCUCUUGAUGAAAACAGAGACGGACAUGUCGACUUUAAAGAACUCUGCUGUGGACUUAGCGCAGCUUGUAGAGGACCACGCACUGAGAGACUUAAAUUCUGUUUCAAAAUCUUUGAUCUCGAUCGGGAUGGUGUUUUAAACAAGAAGGAACUGAUCGACAUGGUGGGAAUAUUAUGUACAGUGGCAAAUGAGACGCUCAAGCAGCAGAACUCCAGAGCGUCCACACCAUCUGAUGAAUCUGAAGCAGACAAGAGCUUCGAUCCUGAAGUAGUACUCCUUAACCUGAGAGAUAAACUGGUGACGUUGCCUAAGAAUGGGAACAAACCGAUUUUUCAACUCGGACCUAAUGUUUCCGUUGAUGAAACGCAGAAAAUUGAAGAAGAAUUGGUGGAUAUAAAAGAGGAUUUGGAUUGCGAUGGUCUGAUCGCAUCAGACGCGGCGCUGACUGCUGAGGAAUUCCUGAUGUGGGCGGUGGAGCGAGCUGAGCGGUUGCUCACACCGCUGCUGGAGCUGCUCUUUGACGUCUGCCAUGUUGUACUCGGCCUUCGACCACAAUGCAGACACCACGAGAGGGACAUUGUGAUCCGCUGGCUUCGUCGUGAGACAGCUCGCGGGUACUCGGUUGGCCAGUUCUGGUAUCUGGUGGGCAGCGAGUGGUGGGCUGCGUGGGCGGCCUACACCGCGGCCGGAGACAACUGCUGCCGCAACGCACCUCGAGCUAUAGAUGACGCUAUCGUCUGCGAUGAGAGCUUCACUAGUAACUCUACAGAGUCAAUGGGGUCGCUGCUGUGGCGUGCGGAGACUUCGUCGCUGGGCAGUGGCAGUGCAGGCAGUAGCAGUGGUGUGAGCAGUGCGCCUGCACAUCGCGCGCCGCCACACCCCGGACCUAUCGACAACAGGCGUCUGCUGGCCAGAGAUGACCUUAAGGUGCGCACGCUGACUGGCGAGGGCGGGCACUUGCGGCGUGACGUCACACUCGCUCAGCACAGGGACUUUGAGUUGUUGCCCGACUCGCUGUGGCGGGCAAUGGCGCUGUGGUACGGCGGACCAGACCCCCUGCCCAGACAGGUGAUCAGACCACCUAAUUCCGAUGUGGAGAUGGAACUUUAUCCACUGCAGUUAAAGAUUCUGCGACAUGUACCAAGUACACCACGAAUGAGCGCGGGCGGGGUCGGUGCGGGUGUGGGCGGGGCGGGUGCGGGUGCGGCGCUGUACAGCAGCGUGCCCGCAGCGCCCGCGCCGCCUGACCGACAGCUCGCAUACACCGCCGCAUUCUCCCGCCUCGCCUCUGUCAAACAGGUGACGGAAUUCCUGUGCGAGGCGUUAGGUUUAGCCCGGGAGGAUGUGCGGCUGUGGUCUGUGGGGGGCGGGGCAGGUGGUGGUGGGGGCGGGGCGCUGCUGCUGGACGACGAGCGACCCUCACUGCACGAACUGCGUCUGCACGAGCGCGACCGCUCCCGUCUGCUGCUCGAGCUGAGGAAUCCAGAUCUCACCUGGCCCGAAGAGAUCGGUGCUCUUAGCGGAGGUCGCGGUGUGGAGCGUCGUGAGACGUUGUCUGCGCCGGACGUGGCGGGCGCUACCGGACUGCACAACCUCGGCAACACAUGCUUCAUGAAUGCUGCCUUACAGUCCGUGUGGAACACGGGCCCCCUGACGCGGUACUUCAACUCUGGCAUGCACCUGUACGAGGUGAACACAACCAACCCCCUCGGCACCAAGGGUGCCCUCGCACUGCGCUACGGCGAACUAUGUAAAGAGGUGUGGUCGUGCAGCGCGCGGUCAGUGGCGCCGCUGCGCGUGCGCUGGUGUGUAACACGUCACGCGCGCGGGCUGGCGGGAGGUGGGCAGCACGACGCGCAGGAGCUGCUGGCCUGGCUGCUGGACGCGCUGCACGAGGACCUCAACCGCGCAGCCCCGCCCCGACCACUGCCCCCACCACCCCCACCCUCGCCACCGCCCCACGAUACAGACACGCCCCCAUCCACCAGACCGGACCAGGAGUUGGCUGCAGAGGCGUGGGCACAGUUCAAGUCAUCCAAUGACUCUAUAAUGACGGACCUGUUCUACGGCCAGCUGAAGUCGAAGGUGCGCUGUGACGCUUGCGGACACGAGUCUGUGCGCUUUGACACAUUCAAUAUGCUCAGUCUGCCGCUGCCCAUGGAGUCCUUCGUCCGCUGUGAGGUCAGAGUAAUAUUAUUGGAUGGUUCAGUUCCCGUCAAAUACGGUCUGCGUGUGAACUCUGAAGGAACCUAUUUAGAUUUAAAGAAAAAACUAUCUGAACUUUGCGGAUUACCGCCUGAAUGCAUGUUGGUGGCGCUAGUGUCGGGGGCGACGAUAUCCCGGCUGCCAGAAGAUGGCGCCAAGUUGACAGCGAGCGGCGCCACUGAGCUCUUCGCGUACGAGAUUCCCGCGCCACAACACGACAUGCACGAGUGGAGCGGCGCAGGCGCGUGGUGCGAGGGGGCCGGGGGCGGGGCGUGCGGCGCGGGGGCGGCGGGGCCGGUGGGGGGAGCGGGCUCGCGUUCGAGAUCGGAAAUUCUUAUGUCCCAGAGUCCACCGAGCACAUUCCAAAGCAAGGGGGAGGAGCUAGAGGGCGUGCAGGGGGAGGGAGAUGGGCGGAGUCACACGCUGCCGAGGGGGGCGGGGGGGAGGCGCUCCCUCACACUGCCGCCCCCCACUCCGCCGCUCUCCAAAGUCAAGUUCGCCUCCUCCCCCUCCGAUAUGUACAAGAUGGAUGAGAUAGAUGGAUCACCUAUACAGUAUUUGGUUGCUGUACACAGGAAGCAGUGUCGUGCGGACGCAUUCUUCCUGUCAUGGCAGCGUGUGAGACCAGCACUGUUCGGAGUGCCGCUGGUGGUGGCGGUGCGCGCGGGCGAGCCGGGCCGCGACCUCUACGCCCGGGUCUGGGCACAGCUCGCCAGACUGCUCUCACCACGACCUCCACACGCCUCCAGGGACCUCUCAAACCAUGCUGCUGACUGCGAUGACAGCCUGGGCUACGAGUUUCCCUUCACACUGCGCUUAGUGUGCGGGUCUGGGGCGUGGUGCGCACUCUGCGCCUGGCCCGCACUCUGCCGCGGCUGCGCACUGCCCAGUGACCACAAGCCACUGCUGCGAGAUCCGCACAAUCACGAGCACGAACACACAGACACGUACACGGAUACGCACAUAUACGAGUCGCAGGUGUCAGUGGACAGUGGAUGUGGUCUGGCUGGCGGGUCGCCGGCAGCACGCGCCAAACUGCAGCGACAGACUAGCUCUAGACUUACUGCUGAUGUCACGGGAGAUGUCAGUAGUGGGGAGGUGUCAUAUUUAUCAAUGGGUGCGCUGCGAGCGGCGCGGCGGCGAGGUCUACUGCUGGCCAUUGACUGGGAGCCUACUGCAUUACAUCUCAGAUACCAGGCCACCAGGGAGAGGGCGUGGAUGGAGCAUACGUCAGUAGCGGAGUGUGGUGGUGCGACAGCGCGGCCAGUAGACCUGGCCAGCUGCCUGGCCGCCUUCACCUCUGAGGAGAGGCUGGAGCAGCGCUACCACUGUGACCACUGCCGCACUGCACAGCCCGCCACCAAGAAGUUGCAGAUCUGGCGCACACCGCCCAUACUGAUUAUUCAUCUCAAACGUUUCCAAUAUGUGAACAAUAAAUGGAUUAAAUCACAAAAAGUCGUCAACUUCCCAUUCGAAGACUUCGACCCUACUCCAUACCUCGCCUCCGUGCCUCAAGAGACCAUCCUCAGACAUCGGGAGCUGAAGAGUAUGAGGCGAAGAUCCUCAAUGUUUGUAGACAUCGAGGGUCCUAUAUCGGAGACGGAGAGCGAGAAUUCCGAUGAAGAUGAGAGCAGCAGAGAUGCUCAAAGUAAAACUAACAUUGAGAGGCGACGGGAGUCAUUGGAGAUGAAGGGAAGGGCGCGGCUGCAGUCCACCAGUCUGACUGCCACACCUGUCACCGAUGACAAUCUGGUGGAUUACCACCAGCACCAUCUCGAGAAGGACCAGGAACCCUUCGAUUUGAAGUACAAGUUAUACGCUGUUGUGUCGCAUACGGGACAACUUCACGGCGGACAUUACGUCGCGUACGCACACAACCCUUCAGGAGCCUGGCUGUGUUACAACGACAGCUCGUGUCGUGCUGUAGACGAGCGUGAAGUGCAACCUGCUUCAGCCUACCUGCUGUUCUACGAGCGUCACGGUCUAGAUUAUAGUCGAUAUCUGCCUGCGCGUGUGCACGGCCCCGCCCCCUCCCCCCCACAUGAUGCAGAUGACGCCGACAUGCGCAACAUGUGUGUACUCACAUGACCUAACACACGUUAAAGAAAUAUCUGCUUUAUUAUACUAGUACAUUAACAUAUGGCGCUUAAAAUCAGUGCGUCUAUGCCAGGCCAGCGCUACUGUCUUACUGUACUCGUAUAAUGAAACCGUAUGUCACCGUUAGCUGUGUGUGUGUGACGUCAUCAAUUCUAAUAAAGAUGGCGUCCAAAGUAUUUUAAUUUAUGAGGUAUGAGCUCACAGUAUGACGUCAGUAUACUAAUCCUGAAUCUGGUCAUGUUGAUAUAGUCUGUAUUGUUUGCCAAUUUGUACAAUCGCGAACAAUCUUUGGAUAUGUACAGUUAUUAUUGUUAUCUGAGAAGUUGUUGAAUCAAUAUUUUUUAACGUACAAUUGUGAAGAGUGUCUCAAAUGUGAUUUUCUUUGUGAUUGUAUACACAAUGAAUUGAUGGACAUUAUUUGUUAAUAAACAGAUUGCC